GCUUGAGGUUGUCAUCCAAAGUCUGUCGGCAAUUUCGCGCCUCGAUGCUCAACAACGCCCACGCAUUUCGCUACAAACCGACACCCAAAACCUGCAGAAGCCCCAGGUGUGGGGCCCCUCGACGUCGCUGAACCAUGGCGGAUAAGAUCCAAAAGCCCAUGUCAGAGACAACCCUCCAAGAGCGCAAAGACGCCAUCCUGUCUGAAAGUCUUAAAGAAAAACGGCAGCGCGAGGAAGAAGACGAGGAUGAUGCGAGUGGUGCUGGACAGACCACUGUUGCUGGCGGAGCAGAGAUGAAGGAAACUGACACGGACAAGGCUGAGCUUCCCGAAGAGGCCAGCACAGGUUCAAAAGAGCCGACACCUCCUACCUCUGCCAAUGGGUCGAGCUCAUCGAAAGCUGAAGAGCCUGCCGUGACGCUGGAAGCGGAAGAGUCGCCAAAGGAUGCGCCGGCUGCUAACGAGCCUGCAGACCAGGACCUCUCGGUCACGAAGGACACCGCACCUGCAACAGAUAAACCAAAGGUUGGCUUCGGCAGCGCUUCUGGAUUUGCUACUGCCAGUGGCUUUGGCAGCGCAUCUGGCUUUGCGAGUGCGCCUGGCUCUAGCUCAGGCUUCAAUUUUGGCGCCGACAAGAGUCAAUCCAGUGCUACGGGAUUUGGAUCACUCCUUGGACAACAAUCUGGUUCAAGCACUUUUGGCAAUCUUCUCGAUAAGCAGGAAGAGAGCGGAGACGAGCAAGAAGAGGAAACGGCAGAUGACGAACAAUACGUUGCCGUGCGCGGACUCGAGCGGACAAUAGUGCCAACUGGCGAGGAAGGGGAAACGUGUAUUCACACCGUCAAGGCAAAGCUAUAUGCCAUUAAUCCCGAAGCUGCUAAUGAAGGCUGGAAGGAGCGCGGGCUGGGUACCUUGAGAGUACUCGAAGCUGACAAGGAGGGGAAGGAGAAGCGCGGUAGUCGACUUGUGAUGCGAGCUGAUGCUGUGCUGCGUGUCAUUCUCAAUAUGCCACUUCGGAACACAUACAAGCUCGAGGACGGCGGCGAAGCAUUGGGUGAAAAGACGCUCAAGCUAUUUGGUGUCGAGGAUGGCAAGGGCGUGUGGAUAGCAAUGCGGGUUGGCUCGAAGCAGGCUGCCGAGGAGUUGAAGGGCGUGCUGCGCAGGUGUUUGGAUUUGGGCGAGCGCGAGAAAAGUGAACAAGAAAAUAGCGAGAUAGAGGUAGCAUAACGCCCGUAGGCAGACUACUCCACGAGCCAUGAGAUGAGGACUGUCUUCUACCAGCUGGGCGAAUGGGCCUUGAUACUCAGCAUCUAUGCACUGCCGGGGACUGCUGUCUGGGACGGGGAAUCUCUUUGUUGGGCUAUAGCCGUCGUUUUGGCAACCUCUGCCGUAUGUCUCUACAACGCGGAGCGGCAUCGCUGGACGAGUCUUUUGCUUUAUAGGGUCGUCUUGCCUCAUUCUAUAGCCUAUCGUCGAG